AUAUAAACCAGUCGGCAUUGCAGCGGCAUAUCAGUUGGUAAAAAGCGUUCGCGAUUCGCUCGAAGCACACACACACGCAUGUGAACCGAGCGACGCUGACGACCCAAGACGUUUUCCAAUUGUUUUCCAGUUGUUUUCUGAUACUUUGUUUUUUUUUACUUACCGUUGUGUUACCGUCGUCCCUGCGAACGAUUUGUCCAAGUGAUUAUGGUAAUAACCGACUCGCGUGCUGACAGCCGUCGUACCUUGGUCCAUCAUCGAAGUCAUCCGCCGAAGUCCACCGAGCUGCAGCAACAACGUCUUGCCGCCGCCAAACGUCUUGACCACCGUAGUCGCCAUAGACCAAGCCCGCGGUGCCGUCGCAGCCUCUAGGACCUGUCAUCGUCCACGGUCACAGUGGAAACCGGAAAAUCGUCGUAGCCAUUGUCCAGGGCACAUACAUAUAUUAAUAUUAACACUAGGUAUAAUAUACACACAACCAGCGGCAGCAUAAUAUUCACAUAUACCGCAUCACCCGGAGUAUCCGAAGAGGGUGAUAGUAUAUUUUUUUUUUAUCACAAACAAUAAUAAUUCAAAAUCAAAAUUCGACACGUCCGUAUUAGUAGUAGUAGUAGUAGUAGUAGUGUUGUUAUUAUUAUUAUUAUUAUCGUUUAUUAUCAUCAUCAUCGCCAUCAUCACAUCCACAAGAGUGUGGAAUAAACGCCCCCGCGACCACGGCAAUGGACAACCCACCGGUGUACAGCGAUUACCAUAAGAAACGUUCGGUUUCCUCGUACUCAUUGGACUACGUGCCACCGUCGGCGAACCUCAUCAUGAACGGAUCGACAGCUGCCAAGUCAAUCCAGCCGACCGUGGGUGAACACCCUUACACGAUAACGUCGUCGACCAUGAGCACUCCCAACGGCAAUGGAGCGAUCGUGGGAAACGGCACUUUGGGCGACCACUUCGAACAAGACUACGACCCUUUCGCCAACCGUGACAAGUCAAAAGCCACCACAGACUCCGGUGCUCUUUUGCAUCUGAUCAAAAGCAGCCUUGGCUCCGGCAUAUUGGCCAUGCCAAGUGCGUUCAAGAACUCUGGCCUGAUUUUCGGUCUGUUCGGCACCAUAGCCAUCGGCACCCUGUGCACGCAUUGCAUCUACUUGCUUGUAGUCUGCUCGCAAGUACUUUCCAAAAGGGUCAAGACUCCUUCUUUGGGAUUUGCUGACACGGCGGCUGUGGCUUUCGAAACAGGACCUCCCCGAUACAGAGGAUGGGCGCCAUUUGCCAGAGAGUUUGUCAACGCAGCCCUGUUUGCCACCUACUAUUUUGGCAACACUGUCUACGUGGUGUUGAUCGCCGCAUCUUUUAAACAGGUGUUCGACAACCACGUGGACGAGCAAUACCAUUGGCCGGUGCAAGUGUGGAUCCUCUUGCUGGCUUUGCCGCUGGUACCUUUGGGCAUCAUCCGGACUCUGAAGGUGCUGGUCCCGUUUUCCGCCAUCGCCACCACUUUCAUCAUGCUGGGAUUGGCCAGCACCAUGUAUUUCGUGGUGACCGGCGAGAGCUUCAUCACUUCGGCAGAGCUCAGGUCUUCGGCCGACUACGUGGGUGCCAAGCCUUUGCCCUCGGUCGACUCCAGGCCGUGGAUCGCAUCGCUCAGUCAAAUGCCGCUCUUCUUCUCGACCGUGUUGUUCGCCAUGGAAGGAAUUGGCACCGUGUUGCCCAUUGAAAACUCUAUGGAGCACCCGCAACGGUUUUUGAAGAAAUUUGGCGUUUUGAACAGUUCAAUGGUGUUGGUCGUCACUCUUUAUACCGUGGCUGGAUUUUUGGGAUACUUGCGAUUCGGUCCGUUCACGGACGGCAGCAUCACUCUCAACUUGCCCAACGACGUGUUUGCCGAACUGGUCAAGAUCAUGGUGGCUCUUUCCAUCAUGUUCAGCUAUGGACUGCAGUUUUGCGUGCCGUCCGAGAUCAUGUGGAAACGUUUGGAACCAGUUUUACGCCGUCGCCGUGAAUUGAAGCGCAAGCGCAAGGGCAUCCCCUCGGCCGACUUGCCUUCAGUCGUGACUCCGCCAUCGAUGGACUUUGCCUACUACACCAUGAGGGGUUCCAUGAUCCUGGGCACAAUUCUGAUAGCGGCUCUGGUACCGGACCUGGCGCCGUUCAUCUCGCUGAUCGGCUCGAUAUUCUUCUCCAUCCUGGGUCUGUUCUGUCCGGCCGUCAUACACAUCAUAACCUUCUGGUCGGACGGCACCGACGGCGGCGACAAACGCCAGCACAACAGCCGGUUCGUCUUCUGGAAGAACAUACUGGUGAUAAUCGUGUCGCUGGUGGCGUUGGUGGCCGGCACUUAUGCCAGCAUGAUCGACAUCGUAGCUUUCUACCACGGCGGCAGCGGCGGCGGAGCGCACGGUGGACCUUCGGCCGGACUGAACGCUACCGUGGCCUCUUCCUCUCACUCUGCCGUCUGAGAGUGUGACCAACCUAACACCGGCCACACCCCCCCCCCCCCCCGUGAAUUUUUAUUAUUAGUUUUAUUUUAUAUUAUAUGUAGAUAGCACAAGCCGAACAAGUAUUAAAGGAGAUCGUGCUCCGUAUAAUAUGUACAAUUACAAUAAACAACGUCGGUUUCAAAAUAUACAGACAAGCGGUAAACGAGUGUGGACCGGCUGCAGUGUGACCGCAACGGCGAAAUUACAUUACCCUAGAGCAUAUUUUUCACAUUGUCGCGUAAGGGCGACACUGUGCAGUGUCAGCAACGACUUAUGAAAGAAAGUAUUUACUUUUGAUUUUUAAAUUGGUCACACUGUCGCUCGGCUUCUUGUUUACUCCGUUGUUGAGUACAGGGCAUCAUGAUGUUACAGCUCUAUACGUUUUUUUUUACUCUGUGAAGUUUACCUCGGCUAAUCUGUUUAUUUUAAAAAUCUACUUACAAACAAAGUUAUUUAUACAUGUACCAUUUUUUUUUUUAUUUAAGAAUUUGUUAGUAUUUUUUUUUUUAUCAUUAAUAUUAUAAGACAUUAUUUUUACCGCUGGGAACCCAAAACGGUCCGACACGAUUUACACUUUAUUUUUUUUAUUUUACAAUAAUCAUCCGGUAACACUGUGGUAUGUUUAUAUAAAUAUUAUAUUAUUCGAACGGAUUAGUCGUGUAUAAAAUAAUAAUUAUUUUUACAAGAAAGUUACCUUAAAUAAUAUAGUUUUUAAGUAUACAUAUAUAUUUAUAUAUAUUUUAUAGUAUCAUAUUAAGUGUAAAUAAUUACCGCCUUAUAACAUUGACAACGACCCACAAAGUCCUGUCAAUUGUUUACACUGUCUUGUACGGUUAAUAAUAUUGUUAAAACCUAUAAUUUAUUAGAAUCUACGUUUUUUUUUUACAUCUUAUUUUAUAUAAUAUAUUAAGCGACAUAUGACAAAAAAUU